AUGUCUGGUUUUGGUGGUUAUCCUCCACCCGAAGGAUACCGUCCACCUUCCGAAGUUGUUUACCCCGAAGGAUACCGUCCACCUUCCGAAGUUGUUUACCCCGAAGGAUACCGUCCACCUUCCGAAGUUGUUUACCCGCCGCCUCCUCCAUCGGAAUAUGCAUUCCCUUCAUCAGAUGUACCCCAACAAUACGAUCAGUCGCAUCCUUUGUUACCCCAGAAUCCCUCCGUCUCCUUUAACGUGGAGUCUGAGGAAACUCCUCAACACUAUGGUCAAGCCCCACGACGUCAACCUCGUCGUUACAAAACUACAAAGCGUGUAAAAUUAUAUGAUGGAAACUUCGUGAUAGAUUGUCCUGUACCAGAGAAGCUGUUACAGCAAGUUCCCAGAAAAGAAGAAAGAGAAUUCACACAUAUGAGGUAUACCGCGUGUACGUGCAAGCCGGACGAAUUCAAGGAUUUCAAAUAUACCCUUCGUCAACAGCAACUUGACCCCCCAAGGCCAACAGAAUUGUUUAUAGUGUUGACUAUGUAUAACAUGAGGUGCUCUUUGCCCGUACGUUUCACGGUGUCGUCAAAAACAUCGGUCACCUUUGCUCCCGAGAUCGAUCGCGAGUUUGGGGAUGGUAUCGCAAAAAACUACGUUGAGUCCAUAAAGGAGGAUGGUACGAGAAUUAAAAAGGAAGUUACUGCUCACAUAUACGAGUAUACGACCCAAAUGUCAAUUGACGCGGAAAUGAAAAUAAAGACUGAAAAUAUCGUGCCCAUUCAAGUGCUUUUUUGUCUUAAAGAGAAGAAUGCUAAAAAGAUUAAUUCGCACCGUUGGUUCUUUAAUGCAUUUGGAUCAAUCCUUAAUCCCAAUGUAUGUGUCCUUCUUGAUGUUGGUACCAAACCUGGCGGUACUUCGAUAUAUCAUCUAUGGAAGGCUUUUGACCUUAACUCAAACGUUGCUGGAGCUUGCGGUGAAAUUGUUGCAAUGAAAGGUCCUGCCGGCGUCAACCUUCUCAACCCCAUAGUGGCUUGUCAAAAUUUUGAGUAUAAGAUGUCCAAUAUCUUGGAUAAACCUCUCGAAUCAGUUUUUGGAUAUAUAACGGUGUUACCCGGUGCCUUUUCUGCCUAUCGCUAUAUUGCCUUGCAGAAUGAUGAAAACGGAAUGGGUCCUCUGCACUCCUACUUCUUGGGCGAAGCGGCGCAUGCACCGGAAGGCGAAAGCAGUGGCAAAAAAAAAGAGGAGAAAGAUGAUAUAUUUACUGCCAACAUGUAUCUUGCAGAAGAUCGAAUUCUUUGUUUCGAGUUGGUGGCAAAGCGAAAUUGUUCUUGGGUAUUACAUUACGUUAAGUCUGCUUAUGCUGAGACCGAUGUUCCAGAUCAAGUGCCAGAUCUGGGACAAUAUUUGUUGUUGGUCCCAUUUUACAUUAACAUUUUGAACGUCUACGCUUUUUGUAAUGUGCAUGAUGUCAGUUGGGGUACCAAAGGAGAUAAUUCGGCUAAACAGGAUUUGGGUUCGGCAAAGAUUAAGUCCGGAAAAAGCGAGGUGGAAGUCGAAGUACCCGUCGAGCAAAAGGAUAUCAACGAAGCAUAUGAAGAAGCUGUUGAAGAAUUAAAACAACAUGUCGAGGAAGAGGUGAAACACCGUUCCGCUAGUGAAAAGAGAGAUGAUUAUAACAAAGCAUUUCGUACGCGUGUUGUCCUUGCCUGGAUUCUUUCUAAUGCUACGUUAGUUGCCGUUAUUACGAGUGCUGAUUCGACUCUGAGUGCAAUGCUACCUGAACAAGAAAGAUCUAAUAUUUAUAUGGCCUUCAUUCUAUGGUCCGUGACUGGGUUGGCUGCAUUCAGGUUCAUGG